AUGGAGGAAGUUAGACGUAUUAAUGGCCAGCUACUUUACUGUGACACAGAUUCAAUCUUCUAUGUCACAAAACGUGGGGGAAAUUAUGUGGACGAGGGUGAGGCUCUGGGUCAAAUGAAACGUGAACAUCCUACUAGGCGCAUACUAGAAUUUAUUGCUGGAGGGCCUAAAAACUAUGGUUACCGCCACGUUGACAAGGGAACUGGCUUCGAUGAAAGAGCUGAACUAAAAAUAAGAUCUUUCCCCCUUUCUUAUGCGACACACCAAUUGCUUAAUUUUGAAACAAUGAGACAACUUGUUAUUAGUCAAUUUAACAUUGACGGAGAAAUGGACGAAAUGUUUUCCGAAAAUUUUAUGUUUGAACCUGCCAACAUGAUUAGGGUUGAAUUUCCCCAAAUUGGCCGGACCCAGCGUUCUGAUUUAUAUACAAUGAUGACUAGAAGAGACUAUAGAGCAUGUUUUGAAAAAGGAAGGAUACGCCCAAAUAUGGAAACACUUCCCUUUGGGCAUGUAAAUUAUAAUGAACAACAACGACAUGAGUUUGUUCCAAAUACAUUCUCUGAUCAAAUUGAAUACCAAAAUAUUGUUCCAAGAAAUCACCAUCUAAAUUUACAAGAUAUUCCUGGCUCUUCAAAUUGGACUGAUGUAGAUUAUUUGCACAGAUAUAGAUAA